CCUGCCUUGUUUGCAUGUAACGACGCAAGGUACACUUGGCCUCUCGGACUCUCUGGCUGGGGCCCUCUGGAGUCGAUACAAUGGGACGUCAUGAGCCACUGACAUCCUUAGCACUGGGGCGGUCGCCCUAUGAUGAUGUUGUGGCGGGCGAGGGCGAACCAGAUCCUCAAGAACCACCUCGAGUGUAUGACGAGCAUGGCCGGGUCUUCAAUGAGGAGAGCAAGAAGAUGAACAAAGACAUUAUCCGUGCUCAUAAUGAAGUAAUGCUUGUAAUCGGGGUCGCGGAACAGGACCCCGGCGGCUCAACCAGCUCCACAGCUGAUAACACGAGGCUGCACAACGAAUAUGAGAACAGCACCGGCAGGCAUCUCCUUCGGCUUGGUCGUGUCCUCGUUGUGGCCGGCAUAUGGGGUGUCCAUGGUGUACGGCAGCGCAUAUUGGUAUACAGGGAAACCGCCACUAUUCCAUUCCUAGAUAUGAUACAAAGAGAGCGGAGAAUGCACUCGGCAUCACAAUUGCUGUUUUCUGGAAUGCCCUCGUUUUUUAGUGCGUGGUCGUUACAGUGGUACUCGAGAACAACGGAAAUCGUUCGAGAUCACCCUUGGCUUCGAGCCAUCAUAGGACAUGUCAGGUUUCACCUUCAGAUAUAUGUUGCCAUGCAACGUUUGGAUUUGAUUUCUGGUUCUCAUUGGUUCCCUAACCUAAAUUUCUUCGUUCCCUUCUCUAGCUCCUCGCCUCUAACAGCACCACCACCAUUAGGCUCACCAGGCGCCCAAACCGUUCCGGAAUGGGUAGGCAAGAUCGCGAUGAGUCUUGCUCCAUUUGCGGGUUAUUACUUGAUCGGAUGUGCCUGGGAUGUCUUCAGUUAUCUCAUUCGGCGUCAAGUACACAGAAGCCUCCCACAUCCGUGGCCAAGUCCUAUCUCACCUCUUCGAGCUCCAGUUCCUACCAACACCCCACGGAGGCCAUCGUUUCCAGAAUCUCCUACGUUAGGAGACGCCGACCGCGAGAUCAGACACACACAUGGUCCAGAAUUGGACGGCGACUCUUUAGCAAUAAAUGGCGAAGGUGCUGGGGAACCUCUUCCCGUUGGCACAAUACGUAGGCAGAGCACAUUCUCAAGCCGCGGCGGAGAUGACUACGCUACGGACGAAGAAGAUCCGGAUAUGGUCAACCCAACUUUGAUCAGCUUUGAUGUUGAUACGAGCGAAUCAACUGAACCACCCGCAGGAAUAUGGUCUGCUGAACUUCGUCCCAGCAACAGUGGAGACCCCACAACACAAGAAAAGGAAGGGGCCAAAUAUGUCGUCAACACCCUGACUAGUCUGCCCUCACUCCUCGCCGGAGAUAUCCUGACAAGCUCUCUCACGCAUGCCCUUCUAACACCAUUUGAUAUUCUUGCAUUUCGAGCUAUGGCGAGGGCAUUUGCCCGCAAAUUUAGCUUUCCUAUGGAUGGUAUGUUUGAAGUGAGCUUAACAGAUGGUCUGGUGAGCCGAAUGUUGCUCAACCUCUUUCAAGCAGAGGUACUCAAGUUUGUCAUAUGUUUCGGGGCAUGGGCUUCUAUCACGGGGCUUGCGCAACGUCUUCACAUAACUGAUGAGCAGUGGAAAGAAUAUCAAUCGAAGGUGGAGCAAACACUAGAGGAGGUAUCGGGGGAAGAGCAAGGCCAAACAACGGGCACGAGUCACUCAUCAUCGUAGUAUUCAACGCUGUGUUGAUUAAACUACAGUAAGACUCACCUUAGGAUACCUAUCUACAGCCAUCGAACAAAGACCGUAGUCAGCGUAAGGUUCGCGCAGACA